AUGGCCCAUCCGCCACCCGGGCGCGGCCUGUCCAGCCACCCUCGUUCCCCUCCACGCGCCCACCAUUCGUUCGCCCAUCUUCGCGCCCGGCCCCGCUCCCACGCACAUGAUUGGCUUUACCCUCUCGCGGCUAGUCCCAGUGGAGUCAUAUUAGCUGUCAAUAUCCUCCUUUCCGCCGUGAAGGGGUUUGGUGCGGGUGGACAUGGGGAGGGGGAGUAUGGUACGGGCGGCUCUGCGGGCGGGUGGCCACCCGUUGGGAGGUUUGCGCGAUGGAAGUGGGAUAUUUUGGGUGUGGGUGUAAUUUCCACCGGUGUUGACGACGCUGGAGGGGGGGUUAUCUGCGCUGGCGUGGAUAUUUUGGAGAACAGCGCCAUGGCUUGCGGUCAGCAUCGCAUCAGCGUGAAGGGCAACAUGUUCACGUGUGUUCAGAUGACUACUCAUGAAAUCAUCGCCAUCAUCAUGACCAGCACCAGUUUCACGCUCCGCUCCCAGGAUUCUCACUGCUCAACCCGCCUCCUCCGUCAGGCGUUCGCGCCAGCUCCCCAUGUAGCCUAG